UCGACAAAUGUGUUUGUGUAAAUUUCAGUUAUAUUUUCAUUUUUUUUCAAAUGACUUUUAUUAAAAUAUCGGAUUAAUUCCUGGAUGUUUUUUUUGUCUAUGUGUGUUUCUGUGGAUGUGAAAAUUAGUUUGUCACCCUGUAUUUCAUCAAUAUUAUUAUAAAAACACAUCAAUCGAUUGAUCAAUUUUUUCUAUCCUCAUCAGUUUUUUCUCAAAAUUUUUUUUCUCACUUGUCGUCAAACUAAUCAAUCAAUCAUGUUAUCCAACAAUAACCUAAAACAUUAUCUAAUCAUAAUGAUGAUGUUUAUAACAAAUUGUUACCAGGUUUUUGCUCGUUCCGAGACAUUUGGUCAUGCUGCAAUGACCACUGUACUUGCACGUCCAUUAGGCGGUUAUGGUUUAACACCAUUAAUAUUUGAACCAUCACUAACAAGUUUUAUGCAAGGUUCAAGCUCAAAUUCGGUACCAACAAAAGUUCGCAAAAGUCCAGUUUAUGAGCUUAUUAUGCCAACAUUUGAUGAAGAAUUACCUACAACUGGUGCUAGUGAACAAUUAUCCUCAGCAAAAGCAUUGAAAAAAAUGAGCUAUAAUACAUUGAUGCCUCAACAACAUCAACAUAAACAGCAAAUCAAUAAAUUAAUUCCUUCAUCAUCACCAUCGUCAUCAUCAUCAUUAACGCCAACAUCUGGUUCACAUUAUUUUCAAUCAGUUAUUGAUUUAUUGAAAAUCAAAGAUACAGCAUCAUCACCAUCUUCAUAUAAUAGUGUAAUGGCACCGAUGGGAGGCAAUAAUGGUGGUGGAUACAAAGGUGGAAAUAACGGAUUUGGUAACCAUCAAUCUAACGGUGGUAAUGGUGGCGGAUUUUACAAUCCAAUGUCACAACAUUCUUCACUUGGCAACAAUGGUGGAUAUAGUGGAAAUAAUGGUGCUAGAGGUCCAACUGGUCCAGUAACAGCGGCCAUACAAUCAAUGCGUUCGGUCGAAGUGAAUGAAGUUCAAGAUUCAUAUGAAAAUAGUGAACCACAAGUGAUUGAUAUUCCUCCAAGUGCUAUGCCAAUUGUUAUAAAUUUCCGAACAUCGGCCAGUCAAAUUCAAAUUCAUCAAUCACAUGAACCAGGUGAACCACGUGAAGUACAGGAAACACAAUCUGAAGAUGAACCACAUUUCUUGAAGCAUUCAGUUACCAAACCAGUCAUACAAGAAGUACAUGAAAUAAUAAUGCCAUUUAGACGUGUCAUACAGGAAAUUCGUCCAGUGGAAGAAGAAGUAAAAACGAUCAUUGCUAGACAAGCACAAGGAAAAGGAGGUGUUGCCGGUGGUGUAACUGGUGGUCUUGGUCUUGGGGGUGGUUUGAAUAUGAUGAGCGGAAUCGGUGGACAUGGUGCUGCUGCUGCUGGUGGUGGUUCUGCUUAUGCUGGUGCUGCUGGUGGUAACAACGGUGCUGAUAAUGGUGAUCUUGGAAAUAAUAUUCGUAUUAUUAGUGGUGGAAGUGGCGGUGGAUAUGGCGGAAGUGACAAAAACAAUAAUGGCAGUAAAGGUGGAAAAAAAUCAACCACUUUUAAUGGAAAUGCAUUACAAUAUGCUAUUGAUAAAUUAACAUCAUCAAUUGAUACAAAUAAUGGUGAUAUUGGAGGUGGCGGUGGCGUUGGAUCAUCAGCUGGAAAUAAAUAUAAAUCGUAAUAAAUAAAUGAAAAAAUUCAUCAUUUUUAUUAUCAUAUUUUUGAUUAUUUAUUCAUUCAUGCAUUUUUUUUGAAACAUCCGUUACACGUGUACAAUAAUCAUAUAUACACACACACACACACACAAAUCUAUAAUCAUUGAAUUUUACAACAAAUCUAAAUCCAAUUCAAUCA